AUUAAUUAGGGAUAUUUUACUUUGUUUUUCUGAACAUGUUUAGGACAAAUCUCACAGACUUGUAAUGCAUGUGGAUCCACACAGUGGCGCUGAAUUCCCUCAAACCAAGUGGGCCAGUGUGUGCGGAGCAGAGCGCAACUAGAGAACUUGGAAGGCUCGCUAAAUCUCACAGCAAAUCCCUUUAGCUCGAGCUGACAUGGCUUGACUUAUCACUGAGGGAAGUUUCAGGAAAUGCAACAGGUGGAGGAGCCGAGGGAAUGAACCGUGUGUCCUCUCGUUAGCGUCCCGGGCUAGCUGCUGAGAGUACUUCAAGGUGUCUGUGGGAGUCGGAUAGGGAAACAACUGCGCACUCUUUCACACGGUCAGGUGCCACCAUGGAUGACAGCCUGAAUGACUCCAAUGUAAAGGUCGCUGUUCGUGUGCGACCAAUGAACAGGAGAGAAAAAGAGCUAAAGACAAAAUGUGUCGUAGAUAUGGAUGGGAACCAGACGGUUCUGCACCCGGCCAUCAUCAACUUGAACAAAAGUGACUCCCGAAAUCAGUCAAAGGUUUUUGCCUAUGACAACUGCUUCUGGUCCAUCGAUGAAUCUCAAAAAGACAAGUUUGCAGGUCAGGAUGUGGUGUUCCAGUGCCUUGGGGAGAGUCUGCUGGACAACGCCUUCAUGGGAUACAAUGCCUGCAUCUUUGCUUACGGACAGACAGGCUCGGGGAAGUCGUACACCAUGAUGGGCACAGCGGAGCAGCCAGGUCUGAUCCCUCGGCUGUGCAGCUCCCUGUUCAGCAGGACGGUGAAGGAGGCGGGGGAGGAGGAGCAGUUCACCGUGGAGGUGUCCUACAUGGAGAUCUACAACGAGAAGGUCCGAGACCUGCUCGACCCCAAAGGAAACCGCCAGGCUCUGAGAGUGAGAGAGCACAAAGUGAUGGGGCCUUACGUGGACGGCCUGUCCCGCCUGGCUGUGGCCUGCUACACGGACAUCGAGUCUCUGAUGUCAGAGGGAAAUAAAUCUCGCACAGUUGCCGCCACCAAUAUGAACGAAGAGAGCAGCAGAUCCCACGCUGUGUUCAACAUCAUCCUCACACACACACUCACGGACCUGAAGUCUGAGACGAGUGGAGAGAAGGUGAGCAAGCUGAGUCUGGUGGAUCUGGCCGGCAGCGAGCGGGCGGCGAAGACCGGAGCAGCGGGGGAACGUCUGAAAGAAGGCAGCAACAUCAAUAAAUCCCUCAGUACUCUGGGUCUAGUUAUCUCUGCCUUGGCUGACCAGGGAGCGGGGAAGAACAGGAACAAGUUUGUUCCCUACAGAGACUCUGUGCUCACCUGGCUGCUCAAGGACAGCCUGGGAGGGAACAGCCGCACCGCCAUGGUCGCCACCAUCAGCCCCGCUGCGGACAACUAUGACGAGACGCUGUCCACCCUGCGCUAUGCCGACCGCGCCAAGAGCAUCGUCAACCACGCCGUCGUCAACGAAGACCCCAACGCCAGGAUCAUCAGAGAGCUGCGGGAGGAGGUGGAGAAGCUGAGGGAGCAGCUCACAGAGGCUGAGUCCAUGAAGGCCCCCGACCUGAAGGACAGGCUGGAGGAGUCAGAGAAACUGAUCCAAGAAAUGACCUACACCUGGGAGGACAAGCUCAGGAAGACUGAGGCUAUUGCACAGGAGCGUCAGAGGCAGCUGGAGAAUCUGGGCAUCUCCCUGCAGUCGUCUGGAAUCAGAGUGGUGGAUGACAAGUGUUUCCUGGUCAACCUCAACGCUGACCCCGCCCUCAACGAGCUGCUGGUGUACUAUCUGAAGGAGCACACGCGGGUGGGCUCAGCUAACUCUCAGGACAUCCAGCUGUGUGGGAUGGCCAUCCAGGCGGAGCACUGUGUCAUGGACAUCACAGAGAGCAGCGGGGUGAUGCUCACUCCUCACCGCAACGCUCGAACGUGUGUGAACGGUGCUGCAGUCACCAGUCCGGUCCAGCUUCACCAUGGUGACCGUAUCCUGUGGGGGAACAACCACUUCUUCAGGAUCAGCCUGCCGAGGCACAUGGUGCACACAGGGGCUGAGGAUGAGGAGGGGGUGAUGAAGACGUGUCUGAGCAGCGACCGGCUGGAGGUGGACUUUGACGCGUCCAGCGACGUGUCCAGCGAGCUGAGCUUCGGAUACGAGUUCGCUCAGGCCGAGGUCAUGAUGAAAGGCAUGGGCAACAACGACCCCCUGCAGUCGGUGCUGCAGACCCUGGAGAGGCAGCAUGAGGAGGAGAAGCGAUGCGCCCUGGAGCGCCAGAGGCUGAUAUACGAGCAGGAGCUGCAGCAGCUCCGCCAGAGGCUGACUCCGGAGAAACCCUCUCACCUGCUGGACCCUGCAGGAGCGGCUGCAACGCCACACAUCUCCCAGAAACGCAUGCGCCGCUGGAGCGAGGACAGAGAAGCGAUGAUGACUCGCAGCCUGCGGCGCCUCAGGGAGCAGAUCGUGCGGGCCAACCUGCUGGCUCAGGAGGCCGGGUUCAUCGCCGAGGAGAUGAGCAAGAGGACGGAGUACCUGGUCACGCUGCAGAUACCUGCUGCCAACCUGGAUGCUAACAGGAAGCGUGAUGUCGUGUUGAGUGAGCCGGCCAUCCAGGUGCGGCGUAAAGGGAAAGGGAAGCAGAUCUGGGCUCUGGAGAAGAUGGAGAACAGGCUGGUGGACAUGAGGGAGCUCUACCAGGAGUGGAAGGACUUUGACGAAGACAACGCUGUGAUGCGGUCCUACUUCAAACGUGCCGACCCGUUCUUCGACGAGCAGGAGAACCACUCUCUGAUCGGCGUGGCUAACGUCUUCCUGGCCUGCCUGUUCUACGACGUCAAGCUGCAGUACGCAGUGCCCAUCAUCAACCAGAAGGGGGAGGUUGCAGGCCGGCUGCAUGUGGAGGUGAGGCCGGGAACAGAGAGCUCUCAGGGGGACGCUGCAGGACAGAGCAACUCAGACGGAGACACACAGGACCGCAAACUGGACUGUGUGGUGAAAAUCCUCCAGGCCAACGGUCUGCCUCGCCACCUGUCCAACUUUGUCUUCUGUCAGUAUCACUUCUGGGGCCAGCAGGAGUCGGUGUUCAUCGCUCCAGAGAUGCAGCCGUCCAGCUCGCCUGCAGAGUCCAGAGACCCUCAGUGCACGGUGGUCUUCGACAGCGCCAGGGAGUUUUCGGUGUCAGUGUCGGAGGACUUUGUGGAGUUCUUGGCUGAUGGGGCGGUGGCCAUCGAGGUGUACGGACACAAGCAGGCCAACCACCGCAGGAACCUGGCUCUGUGGGACCUGGGAGUGAUUCAAGCCAAAACCAGAACCCUCAGAGAGAGGUGGAGCGAGGCGACCCGCCACCUGGAGCUGUGGGUGCAGCUGAUGGAGCUGAACGACGCCGGACAGUUCACCCCUGUGGAGGUUCUCCCCGCUAAAGACGUCCACACAGGGGGGGUCUUCCAGCUCAGACAGGGCCAGUCUCGUCGGGUCCAGGUGGAGGUGCGUCCAGUACCAGAAUCUGGCACCAUGCCCCUCAUCGCUGCCUCCAUCGUCUCCGUGUCCAUCGGAGACGUCAAGAUCCGACAGACCCGGGUCUCCAGAGGCAGCGAAUCACAUUGGGGUGGGGAUGAAGAGAUGGACAGCUACCAGGAGGCAGAUCUGGAGAGGUUGAGGGAACAGUGGCUGGUGACGCUCACUCAGAGACAGGAGUAUCUGGACCAGCAGCUGCAGAAGAUAGUUUCCAAACCAGAUAAGUCGGAGGAUGAUGUUGAGAGGGAGUCUCAGCUGCUGGAGUGUCGUCUGACGCUCACCGAGGAACGCAACGCUGUCCUGGUGCCGUCGGCCGGCAGCGGCAUCCCCGGAGCGCCGGUGGAGAGGGUUCCUGUUUCUGGGAUGGAAACACACAUUCCUGUCCUGUUCCUGGAUCUCAGCGCUGAUGAUUUCCAGUCUAGUCUCUCUGCUCCGUUGGCCGGGGGGCUGGAUGCCCUCCUCUGUGGGGAGGAGGAGGACGACUUCUUUGACCUCCAUAUUGUUAAACACUUUGAUCCAGAGGCGAAGGUGGAGGCCUCCUGGGACUCGACGGUGCACGAGUGUCCCCAGCUGAGCCGCGUGGCGCCGGCCGAUCAGAGGGUGUACCUGACGGUCAGCACGGUGGUGCAGCUCAGCCACCCCGCCCACAUGCAGCUGGUGCUCAGGAAACGCAUCUGUGUCAACGUCACCGGAAGACAGGGUUUCGCUCAGAGUCUGAUGAAGAGGAUGUCUCAGCGCAGCACCAUCCCCGGCUGUGGAGUCACGUUUGAAAUAGUUUCUAACAUCCCAGGGGACAUCCAUGGUCCGGAGGACAGGGAGAUGUUGGCCCGGCUGGCUGCCAGCACCGAGGACGACCAAUCAGCUGACAGUGAGGCGGCCAUAGAGAAGUACCUGCGCAGCGUCCUGGCUGUGGAGAACGUCCUGACUCUGGACAGACUCAGACAGGAGGUGGCUGUAAAGGAACAGCUGGCAGUCCGAGGGAAAGCUCCCAGACGCUGCCUGAGCUCUCCAAACAUCCACCGACUGUCAGCCAGCAGUCUGGAUCUCUACUCCUCCACUCAUAGGCUCAAUGACUUUAAGGGCUGGGAGAGCCACCAGGACCUCUCCUAUGUCCCGCCUCCAUCCAGACGCACUCUGCCCAGCUCCAUAUCCCAGACCCUGAACCCAGACACAGUGCAUCCAGGCUUCGCUGAGUCUUAUCUCUCUCCAGUGAAGGCUGUUCCCAAGCUGCUGAAGUCCCUGCUUCCUGGUGGGAGAGCAGCUGGUAAAGAGCAGACGGCUGUCCAUCAGCAGAGUUUGCCUCGCAUCAUGGUGCAGUCAGCCAGUGUUGAAGAGGGCAUGAGCAAACACCAGCAGCCGGUUCCCAUUGAGGCAAUCAUUCCUGACCUCCAAACAGAGAGCCCCAGAUCCAAGCCCCUCCCACCGCCAAUCAUCCCGGAGACAGAAGACUCCCUCCCCAGCCCGACCAGCGAAUCAUCGAGCGGGUACAUUUCAACAAGCAUGUCUACAGCAAUGCUAGAUGUCUACACCCUGAGCUGGGACCUGCCUCCCUCUGACGUCAUGGAGGAGCUGCCAGAUGAAGAGGAUGAAGACGAUGGAGUGACACAUUACAACCCUUACCCUGAGACAAUCUUUCGUGAGGAUCAAUCAGAGCCUCAGGAGUCAUUUCUGGUGUUGGCCCAUGAGGCAGCUGAAGAGAGGCCUGACUCUCCACCGUCCAAACCAGACGUUACUCUGUCAGAUUCAAACCUGAGUCAACAAGAACCAAAUGAGUCUCCAUCGGUCCAGGAGCAAAAUGAGUCUGAUUCAGUUGUAGAAUCACACUUAUUACAAGAGUCAACAGUUAACAAUGUUGCAUCAGAACAAUUAGACCAUUUUGAGCCACUUGAAGAUUCAAUGCUAGUAGAAGAGAAUGAAACAAAACAGACAGAAAUUCCACAAACGGAAGACCCAAAACCAGAAGCUCCUUCAACAGAAGAACUCCAGUUAGCUGCCACCGACGAGACAGAAGCUGAACUGUCACUCCACCAUGAAACACAACCAUCUGCACCAGAAGGUCAGUCUGAAACAAUUGUCCAAGACCAAACAACCUGCGACACUUCUGAAGAUCCAACACCAAAACUGGUCCCAGCUGUGUCAGAAGUCCUGGUUCCAGUUCCUGCCUCAUCAGAAGAUUUGGUUCUUCUUGCUUCAUCCCAAGAACUGUCACCCCACCAUGAAACACAACAAUCUGCACAAAAGAGUCCGUCUGAACCAGCCGUCCAAGACCAAACGACCUGCAACAGUGUCCAAGAUCCAACCAAAAUCCUGGUCCCAGCUGUGUCAGAAGUCCUGGUUCCAGUUCCUGCCUCAUCAGGAGAUUCGGUUCUUCUUGCAUCCUCCCAAGAACUGUCACCCCAGCAUGAAACACAACAAUCUGCACAAAAGAGUCCGUCUGAACCAGCCGUCCAAGACCAAACGACCUGCGACAGUGUCCAAGAUCCAAUCGAAUACCUGGUCCCAGCUGUUCCAGAAGUCCUGGUUUCAGCUCCUGCCUUAUCAGAAGAUUUGUUUUCCGCCUCAUCCCAAGAACAAGCCACCACUGAGGCCUCAAACCUAAAACACAGCUCCGUCCCGACUUCAUCCUCAACCACAGAUGACGUCCAAGAGGAAGAACCUGUCGAUGCGUCCAAUAAAACUUCCUCAGCAGAUUCUCUGUCCAGCGUUCAGCCUUCCAAACCUGACACCGCAGUUGCAAACCCCUUCAAGAUCAAGAAAGUGAAAUCUUCAGACCUCAAGUCCUUUCAGCGUAUUGUGGGAGAGGAGGAGGAUCAGCUUGGGCAGAUGGACCGGGCCAACAGUCUCGGAGCAGGACUAAACCUCUCUGUGCCCAUGGAAACCCUGGAAAUCAUCUCAGACUCCGAGGAAGGAGAUGCAACGGCAGUUCUUCCUGACUGGUUGAAAGAAGGGGAGUUUGUGACCGUGGGGAACAAUAAGAACGGCACCGUGCGCUACCUUGGACCCACAGAUUUCGCAGUGGGAACCUGGGUGGGAGUGGAACUGGAGGUACCGGCAGGAAAAAAUGACGGUUCAGUGGGCGGCAAACACUACUUCCACUGUAACCCUGGUUACGGCGUGCUGGUUAGGCCGCACAGGGUCAGCCGGGGUGCCAGCAAGCGCCGCCGCCAACAGCAGAAGCGCCGCAGUGCCAACCUGUCCGGAUCCAGCCCAAACCUGGCAGCCCUCACCGCGUUGGCUAAAGGCGAAGGGGGGGUGGCAUCAGCCGGCCGCAGCAGGGGAGAGAACCGCAAGUCGUGGAACACUUAGGAGGUUCUAAACCUGCCAAACGGCUUGAUGCUGGACCCCCACAUGCAGCAGAUGGUUGUUUAAGUGUAGGCAUGUGACCCCUCAUCAGAUUUGAAUGGUUCAUCUAUUGAAAGACUAUCCUAGCCAAUGGACUUGUUUUAUGGUUUAAUGGAUAUAUUUUAUCAGACAAUUUGAAUGUGUUUAGGUAUGUAGAUUCCAGUAACAACCUUUUCUAUGCAAUUAUAAUAAUUUGUAAUCAUGGCUGUCUCACCUGAAUGGAUUAAUUUGAGUCCCAGCUCAGAAUCAGCAGUUUUCCAUUCCAUAUGUUUUGCCACAUGCCUGGCAUUGCAAAUAUGGUUAAAUGUAUCCAAAGUUCACUGGAUUACUGUAAGACUCCAGGUAACACUACUUCUUCAUGUGCUCACAUUUCUACUGUUCAAGACUCAUUAUGCAGCUGCAUGUUUGGAUGGACUUCAAAGUGUUGCACAUGGUUUUAUACCUAUUGGUUUUUCUUUUUUUAAUUCUUGUGCCUUGAAAUAUUACGACUACUAUGAUGCCUAUGUGCCUUAGUGUUAAAUCACCAGUGCCGAUUGGUUGGAAACUGUCAAACCAGAGCUUAUUACAGCUCUUGAAUGUGUAUUUCUACUGUUUUAGAACAAAGAAUACUUGCACUCCCUUUUAAACAAUUCUACUGAAAAUGUGCAACAAUUUUAAUCCUUUUUUUCUCUAAGUGUGUCGAUCGAAUGAAAGUGGCUUCAUUUUGAACGGAGAUGUGUGCCAGUUUUUUGGGAUUUAUUUUAGACUAGUACGUUUUUAAUUACAAUGUGUGUAUGGGAAUACUUGAGGGAUUUUGUUGAACGCAGAGUAUUAAUUGUUUUGGGUAAGUACAAUAUGUUAUAUUAUGCCUGAAAGAUUAUUUAUUUAAAAAUGAAGACAUACAAUUGAUGCUAAAAGCGAAAUCGACUUUUAUAUUGUUGAAUAAACUGAAUUGUGCCCUUAUCAA